AUGUAUGCUUUUUCAUCGAACCCUUUGCUUGCAAAUGCGCCAUCAAGCAGCACCCAAAAACCUCAACAGGGAAAAGAGGCAACCACAGCCAAGUCUGGAUCUGCAUCAGGAACCUCUGAGGAGAGAAAGGUAACUUCAUCUCAUCAGAGACCUAAACAACAACAAUUACCAUCCUCCGACUCGGCAGCCAAACGACCUCCCUCGAGGCCAAAACAACCCUCAUCAAAACUUUCUGAACAAGAUGAAAGUGGUGAUGUUACACUCAGCAAGGGAAAAUCAAACUCUGUCGGUGUGUCAGGGAUCUCUGAGGAUAGAAAGGUUACGUUUCAAGCAAGCUCGGAGUCAGAAGAACAUUCAAUCAAUCCUCAAUUAAGGACAAAUAUGGAAUACAAUCAUGACGCCUUGAUACACAAUUUCCAACAAACAAAGAAUUCGUCAAAACCUUUCGGGCAAAAUUAUUUAAAUGAUAAAUCUCAAGAGGACUCGAGUAUUGAUAUUGCAGAGUUUAGACCUAAAUUUCAAGGUUGUGCCUCGGCGCAUAAAAAGGAAAAACCUGUAACGAAUAAUAAUGCGUCGAAAUUGCAACAAGGAUCACAUGAACACACCAUAGGACUGAUAUUAAAUGAAUAUGAACGAGGAAUGGUUCUGUAUGACAAGGGACAAUAUGAAGCUUCCCUCGAACGAUUCAACGAGUGUCUUAAUAUAUUCAUGAAAUCGAAAAUCGAGGAUGCAGAGAUGUGUGCCAACAUAUUUUUGGCCAUGGGAAUUUCUUACUAUGGACAAGGUGACGAAGAGUCCGCCCUAGAACUGUAUCAUAGAUGUAUUCAAAGGUUGGAGGAUAAAUUCGGGAAAAAUUUUCCUGGUAUAGUUUCCCCACUUGUUAAUAUUGCUCUCGUAUAUACAAACCAAAAGAGAUUUGAUGAAGCAUUAGGCAUGUUUCAAAAAGCACAAAAAUUGGCUGAAAAUAUUUUGGGAGAUGAUCGAUUAUGUUUGUCAGAUAUUUAUCACAAUAUGGGAGUAAUAUUCGACCAUCAGUCAAAACUAGAGGAUGCCAUAGACUACUAUGAUAAAUCCAUAAGAAUACGAGAGAAAAUUUUAGGGGAAGACCACUCAAUUACUGCACUUACUUACGAAAACAUGUCACAAGUUUUGAAAGAUUUAAGAAAAUUCAAAAAAGCUGUCGAAUAUCAAAAUAAGGUGAUUGCUAUACGAAAAAAACAUCUAGGAGUGAAUACAUAUGAUUAUGCUUUGGCCCUACACAACAUGGGAUUAAUAUUAUUUAAGGAUAGAAAUCUUCCACAGGCUCUAAACUAUUUUCAAAAAGCAUACAAACUACGUGAACAGUUGUUAGGAGAAGAUCAUGAAGCAACAAAAGUAUCCAGGCAACUCUAUGAAGAAAUUGAUAAGCGGUUAAGUGAAAAGAAAAAACGAGUUACAUCUCUUUCGCACUCCAUUGUGAGUAAUAUCAAGUAA